GUCCUCUAGGGCAAGCCGUUCCGCCGAUUGACUCGAGAGCGUUGUGCCGCGCGUAGACACAGAGGCGGGCGGAGUGUGGGAAAUCCUGGCUGUUAUGUCGUCUUGACUAACUACCAAAGAUUAAAUACAUGCGGAUUUCUCCGUAUACAUUUUGACAUCGGAGAAGUUGGGCUUCUGCACCCUUGCUUGAAUCGAACGAUGUUUUACAGCCGAGCUGUACAGAGGCGACGCCGUUUUUCACUGUAGCUCUAGCGGAAUGGGACGAGCGACAGAAAAGUGUAUUUUUCCGUCCCCGUCGAUAGUGUGACGACAUUUAAAACGAGGCGAGAAACCUCGAAGAAGGGUCUUUUGGAAGCCUGCCGCGAGGUUGUCGAAGGAACAUUUCUUUCCUUCCAGUCGGCGUUUCAGGAUUUGCAGCCAGCCAUCCCGAGCGGGCGAGCGUUUGGGUAGCUGAAGGCACACCGCGACGACCGCCUGCCGCCUGCCGCCUGCCUCGCUCCGGCUAGUUGACUGGCUCCCGUUUUUCGGACCUCGAGGCCCUGCUCGUCGAGGGGGACAAUGCUCGACAUAAUGUCCGAGCACCAAGACUCACUUUUGACGUGCAAAACCGAACCUUUGCCCCCGGAGAGGAAGAGAAGGACGGUGGAGGACUUCAACAAGUUCUGCAGUGUUGUUUUGGCGUAUUCUGGCUACAUCCCCAGUCCCAACGAGGAAAGUCCGUGGUCCCCGACUUCUUCCGGCUCCGCUCACAGUUCGUCCACGGACGGCAGCGGCGACUCGGUGAGCGGGACGUCGGGGGACUGCAACCAAGACAUCCGCACCAUCCACACGUUUGUCCACAAGGCCCGCGCCAAUAAGGACAAAAGCGCGGCAAACGAGAGCACUUUAUUGGACAAGAUGCAGCUGAAGGACUCCUUGUACGAUAGUCAGGCGGCCGGCGCCAAGGCCGUGCGCAGGUACGACAGAAAGCCCAAGAAGCUAGCGGCGGCGAGCGAGGGCGACAAGCGCGCGCGCAUCAAGCGGAGCAAGAACUCCAAGCUGCCCAGAGCCAAGAAGCCGAGGAGCUCGGCGCCGCACGGCGACGAUCAAACGUGGCGGCCCCUUUGCGGGAGCCCCUCUGCGGCGCCGCACGCCGACCCCGGCCUCAGCCCGCGUCCGGCCGACAAAUUCGGAGCCGAAGAGGCUGGCAGGGACGUCGACGUGAGCUCCAGCGAGUGCGAGACCUGGAUCGCCGACGAAGACAUCAUGGUGGAGUCGGGUGACGACUCGUGGGAUCUGAUCACGUGCUACUGCGGCAAGCCGUUCGCCGGCCGACCCAUGAUCGAGUGCAACCAGUGCGCCAUCUGGGUGCACUUGUCCUGCGUCAAGAUCAAGAAGUCCAAUGUUCCCGACAUCUUCUACUGCCACAAGUGCAUGCACUCCAGGCGCUCGGGACACAAGAAAGACUCUUAAAUGAAAGUCUGCGCUUUGUCCCUUCCCCUCCCCGGUUGCGUCGCCUCGAGCCGAACAUUUAGCCACAUGCGGAGAAUUGGUUUGACAAUCACUAUUCGUUAUUUAUCCGUCUUGACCCAAGGUUUGUUUCUUUGCGGCCUCUGUAAAAUGUUAGCAUUUUGUAACAACAUUAUGAUAAAACAUGUUGUUUUGUUACUGGGUUGUUUUCCUUUUGUUGUCGUCAGUUAAAAGGACAUUGAUGCCAAAUGUCACUUUAAAAAAACCUGCAGAGUGAUUUGCAAAGCCAAAUGGCUGUUUUAGGUGAACCCGUCUGAUUGAAUUCCCCUUUUCGGGAAGCCCUCCUAAGUUUCAAAAAUAAUUUAGAUGAUAGAAGCAGUGCACUUUUGGAUUUUGAGAAUGCAAGUACGUUCACCCCAGAGCGCUUAGCAAUGCCAUUUUAUUUGAUUAUUUUUUUAGAUACGAGGAGUUUGGUUUCGCGAGGCUCGCUAGUUCCUAUAUGGUCGUCCGGUUUUGCUCCUCAUGUUCUUUUGUUCGGCUCCUGGGCGCCCUUUUUUUCUUUUUUUGUUGUUGUUGGUUUGUUUCUCUCCCCGUUCGGGAACACUUUAGGAUGUCUCGUUUCGACUCGGCGGGGAGAACACCUGUACAUAUCGUGUUCUCGGAGAAAAAUGUACAUAUGUGAAAGAUACGAAAGCGUAUUUCUGUCACGCCAGGAAAAAAGUUUGAAAACGCCGAAAUUUCUCACGUUCUAACGUGAGGCUGAGCUUGAUUUUUUUUUUUUUUUUUUCCCCCCCUGGUGUGUCGGGGCUACGCUUCCGUAUAAAAGCCAAUGCAAAAACAAAUCUAUAUUUUCUGCAGUUCAAUAUUGUUUUCAAUAACGGUAGUUCAAAGAAAUAA